AUGGAGAGUGGAACCCCUUUAAGAGAAAUUGUCAGGAUAUUGGAGAGGUCUUGGAAGGAAGAAUACAAAAAAGAAGCAAAAAAAGGCUUACUCCCCCCUCCGUGAGCGAACAAAACCAUUAGAAAAAUCCCUAUUUUUUGCCCAAAACCUCCCUCCGUGAGCGAACAAAAUUUUUUAAUAAAACAAUUUUUUAUGAACAAAAUUGAUAUAUAAAUGAUAAUUAGUAUAAUGAAAUCUAUAGCUAAUUCUGUUUAAUUUUAAACAAAUCUCGCUUUAAAACAUAUAUUUUAUAAUAAAUUAAUAUUUAUUUGCUUUCCAAAUUUUGCAAAUUAGAAUAUUUUUAAAAUUUUGAAAAAAAAAUUUUCUAUAAAAUUUAUAUAUAAAUUUUUUAAAAAAAGAAAUUAACCUCACGAGGGGGAGCUAGCUGAUGCGAAAAUUAUAUAUGCUAAAAUAUUAAUAAAAGGAGCCGCACAUAUAAGAAAAAAUCCGAAAUUAGCAAUCAAAAUCCUUAAAGAAAUUAGUUUUAAGAGCCCUGAAGCUUCUCUUAUGCUUGCAAAGCUGUAUCUAAAAGGAAAAUCUGCUGCAAAAGAUCUAUAUAAAGCGUACUAUUAUUUAAGAAUAACAGUUGGGUUUGAUUGUAAAUGUGAAGACCGCUAUAAAGCACAGUUGCAUUCAGGUGAAAUCAGUAAUGUCUUUUCAUGCAACUACGCGUUGGCGUUACGAUUAUUAAAUAUGUGUCGAUUUCCAGACGACUGUGAAGAAAGGUUUAGAGUAAAGUUUGAGAAGCAUAUACAAAAAUUAAAACCUACAAAGUAG